CUUCCCAAUCCGGCUCGGCCCAGCCCAUCACUUAUCCCACCAGGCGUAUUUAUUCAUCAAGUCCCCUUCUUCGUCUUCAAAUCUCCCGUCCUUCUUUGUCUUCAACUCAUCAGAUCCCGUCGUCUUCUGCAAGUCUUCGAAUCCACCCGACCGACCUUUGAAGAUCUUCUACGAUGAGUAUCAUGCACGAGAUUGUGAAAGAAUCGCAGGCAGUAAUGAAUGAACUUCAUAAGAUACAAGGGGCACUGGUUCAGAGGCAGUACCUCUUGAAGAAGAAUCUGGCUCUAACCAGAUUUGGAUGCUGUGUGUGUGCUCUGGCCACUGGGACAGCCGUUUUUGUCCAUUUGAGCUCUAGAGUGUCCACUGCCCCUGCAGGCGUUGCUGCCCGUGCCCCUGCUGCCCCUGGGACGGUCUAGGACUCUAGGUACUAUGAAUGACUAGAAUAACUUUCAGCCUUGAAAGCCUGAACUUAAUUAACUACUGUUAAGUACUAAUGAUGCUUAUGACUACAUGAAAUUUUACUUGGUAGUAAAAAUUACUUGCUGAAAUAGUAUUUUGAAAAUCCGAUUGAACCGCAGAGGUUUGCACAAUGCACUAGUGACGCACUUGGUUCAAUCACUGUUUUGAUUUCGAAAACUACAAAUGUCGCACUUGUCUGUAAAACGGGCAUGUAGUGUCGUGUUCACUCCUUUGUAUGUGAGAAGGUGGAUUGAAAAUGAAGCGCCUUUAAUAUU